AUGGCUGAGGAUACCAAGUUCCUCCUUUUGUCUCUCCUCUUGAGCAGCUCAUCAUCGUUGUGUUUUGGUUCUGAACAAGAUAUCCAGUGCCUGAGGUCUGUGCAACAAUCAGUGAUUGAUCCCUUGGGCAUACUCAAAUCCUCUUGGAACUUCGGAUAUGCCACCAACGGUUACAUAUGCAGCUUUACUGGUGUGGAAUGCUGGCACGGCUACGAGAACAAGGUUCUCUCUCUGCGACUCGACAACCUAGGACUUGAAGGCCCAUUUCCUCAGGGUCUUCAAAAUUGCACAAGCUUGAACAUCUUGGACCUGUCGUAUAACAACUUUUCAGGACCCAUUCCCUCUGGUAUCGCACAGCAGAUACCGUAUGUGACAUCUCUGAUUCUCUCAUACAAUAACUUUUCAAGUGAAAUCCCAGAGAGUAUGGCAAAUUUGGCAUACCUGAACACGUUCAACCUUCAGCAUAACCAACUCAGAGGUCAAAUUCCAGAACGCUUCAGCAUGCUCGGUCGGUUAACCUCAUCCAAUGUUGCAGGAAACUUACUAUCAGGGCCUAUCCCCACUUUUGCACAGGACUUCUCGCCUUUAUACUUUGCUGGUAAUCGGGACCUUUGUGGUGCACCAUUGGACGAGUGCCCCAGGAGUCAAAGAUGGAGGCUGAUACCAAUCAGGCUGCGCAGGAUCAACGAAGAGUCCAGUAUCGGAGCGGUUGUCGGGUUCGUCCUAGGGUUCGUGGUGGCCUUCUACUUCCACUUACUCUGCCGUGAGAGGAUCCUUCCUUGUGUCUUCCGCACAUGA